GCACUUUUGGGCAGAUGGGGUGUGUGGGCAGCACGCUGAGGCAUUCGGGGCAGGAGGACAGUGAGUGCGUGUGGGUCAAGGCCGUGGAGGGACAGGCGCUUUGCUGUAGACUGGAAGUGGGCGCCAGUGGCGGGUGGUGGAGGCAGUGGACUCUUCACAAGGAGGUAGCCCGCCCCCUCCUGCAGAGUUCUUAAAACCCCAGCUAGCACCACUGCCGCUGCCUGCCCUUCCCCGCAGCCUAAAAGAACGCUAGAGAGAGCACUUGCAGGCACGCAGCCAGGAUUUCCAGCAUUGCUGCCAGGCUCAUGGGGAAAAUUAGGCGCCUGCGCAGGGCAUGAAGACCCCGAACGCACAGGAGGCAGAAGGGCAACAAACCAGGGCAGCUGUGGGACGGGCCACCGGGUCUGCAAACAUGACGAAGAAAAAAGUCUCCCAAAAGAAGCAGAGAGGCCGACCUUCAUCCCAGCCCCGCAGGAACAUCGUGGGCUGCAGAAUUUCACACGGAUGGAAGGAGGGCGAUGAGCCCAUCACCCAGUGGAAAGGAACUGUGCUGGAUCAGGUGCCUAUAAAUCCCUCUCUUUAUCUGGUGAAAUACGAUGGAAUUGACUGUGUCUAUGGACUAGAGCUUCACAGAGAUGAAAGAGUAUUGUCUCUUAAAAUUCUUUCCGACAGGGUGGCAUCAUCUCAAGUCAGUGAUGCAAACCUUGCAAGUACCAUAAUUGGUAAAGCUGUGGAACAUAUGUUUGAGGGUGAGCAUGGCUCUAAGGAUGAAUGGAGGGGAAUGGUUUUAGCCCAAGCACCGAUCAUGAAAGCCUGGUUUUAUAUUACGUAUGAGAAAGAUCCUGUCUUGUACAUGUACCAGCUUCUAGAUGAUUAUAAAGAAGGAGACCUCCGUAUCAUGCCAGAGUCCAGUGAGUCUCCUCCAGCAGAGAGGGAGCCGGGAGGAGUUGUAGAUGGCCUGAUAGGUAAACAUGUGGAAUAUACCAAAGAAGAUGGCUCCAAACGGAUCGGCAUGGUCAUUCACCAAGUAGAAGCCAAACCCUCUGUGUAUUUCAUCAAGUUUGAUGAUGAUUUCCAUAUCUAUGUCUAUGAUUUGGUGAAAAAGUCCUAACUGUUAGGGUAAACAAUUGCCACAUUUGUGAAAACAAAUGUAUACUUUGUAGACAUGCAAAAUAAUGUUGCUUUUCAGUGUAUUGAAAGCUUAGGGUCUCUGUUAAUUCAACAUCUUUGCCAGCAUAACUGUUGUUUUGUUCUGAAAAAUACAAAUUUAUGUGGACAUGA